CGCGGCCGGGCAGGUUCAGUUGUUUCCCAGCGGCCAGGGAGGUGGCUGUGCUGCCGGCUCCAGGAUGGCCCAGAAGGAGAACGCCUACCCCUGGCCCUACGGCAGGCAGACGGCUCAGUCUGGCCUGAACAUCCUGCCCCAGAGAGUCCUCCGGAAGGAGCCUGUCACCCCAUCUGCGCUUGUCCUCAUGAGCCGCUCCAAUGCCCAGCCCACAGCUGCUCCUCUCCAGAAGGUGGUGGAGAACAACAGUGGGACCCCCAACUUCUCAAUGCGUUCCUUCACAAUCGACGACUUUGAGAUUGGGCGUCCUCUGGGCAAAGGCAAGUUUGGAAAUGUGUACUUGGCUCGGGAGAAGAAAAGCCGUUUCAUCGUGGCACUCAAAGUCCUCUUCAAGUCUCAGAUAGAGAAGGAGGGUGUGGAGCACCAGCUGCGCAGGGAGAUCGAAAUCCAGGCCCAUCUGCAGCAUCCCAACAUCUUGCGUCUCUACAACUAUUUCUAUGACCGGCGAAGGAUCUACUUGAUUCUGGAGUAUGCCCCCCGGGGGGAGCUCUACAAGGAGCUGCAGAAGAGCCGCACUUUUGACGAGCAGCGAACAGCCACGAUUAUGGAGGAGCUGGCAGAUGCUCUGAUAUACUGCCACGGGAAGAAGGUGAUUCACAGAGACAUAAAGCCAGAGAAUCUGCUCUUGGGGCUCCAGGGAGAGCUGAAGAUUGCUGACUUCGGCUGGUCUGUACACGCCCCCUCCCUGAGGAGGAAGACGAUGUGUGGCACCCUGGACUACCUGCCCCCAGAGAUGAUUGAGGGGCGCGUGCACAACGAGAAGGUGGAUCUGUGGUGCAUCGGAGUACUCUGCUACGAGCUGCUGGUGGGAAACCCCCCCUUCGAGAGUGCUUCCCACAAUGAGACGUAUCGGCGCAUCGUCAAGGUGGACCUGAAGUUCCCCCCUUCCAUGCCUGCAGGAGCCCAGGACCUUAUCUCCAAGCUGCUCAAGCAUAACCCCUCAGAACGCCUGCCGCUGGCUCAGGUCUCAGCCCACCCUUGGGUCCGGGCCCACUCCCGGAGGGUGCUGCCCCCCUCUGCCCUUCAGUCUGUCCCCUGAACUGUCCCUGUCAUUUUCUCAGUUGUGUCUGUAUGUCUGUAUAUGUGUAGUUAGGAGAAGGGGUCCCUGGCCUGUUCCCGCAUCUGUCUUCUACCUCCUCUUUAUCUAAUAAAGGCUGAAGCUUUUUGUACUGAUGAGUGUAGAUGUUUACAGGUGGAAAUUGCUGUGAAGGAAACCGUCACCUGUGGGGAGGAGGCUGGGGAGUUGCCCAUGCCGGGUGCCAGUAUUGGCAUUGCAUCACUGCCCCUGGGAGCACCCUGCCCUCUCAGCUCUAACCCCCACCUGGUCAGCUCCACCCCACCCCCAAGUCUUUUUUUUCCCCUGCUCUGACUCCCAGACCUGGGGAUGCUGGGGACUUCAGCUCCAUUCUGCUACGCCUACACACCAACCAUCUCUGCCCACCUUCUCUUACUACUUGCUCUUACUUGACCUCUAUUCUUUCCCUCUUCUGGUUCACUCCUGCCGACCCAGGAGCAAUUGAACUUGUUGUACCCAGAAGUUGUUUGUUUUUCAGCUUUGAUGAGGAUCUAGCACAGGAGUGAAUAGAAGCAGUAAUCUUGUUCCUAACCUAAGGUUUGAGGUUUCACUGCUAGAUAUAUGAUGCUUGCUGUAGAUUUUUUUUUUUUUUUUGCGGUACGCGGGCCUCUCACCGCUGCGGCCUCUCCCGUUGCGGAGCACAGGCUCCGGACGCGCAGGCUCAGCGGCCAUGGCUCACGGGCCCAGCCGCUCCGCAGCAUGUGGGAUCCUCCCAGACCGGGGCACGAACCCGUAUCCCCUGCAUCGGCAGGCGGACUCUCAACCACUGCGCCACCAGGGAGGCCCUGCUGUAGAUUUUUAAUACAUGUCCUUUAUCAGGUUGAGGAAGGCCUGGUCACUUCCUAGUUUGCUAAGGGUUUGGGUGUUUGUUUUGGGGUCAGCCGUAACAGCGUGAGGGAUCUUAGUUCCACGACCAGGGAUCGAACCCACGCCCCCUGCAGUGGAAGCGUGGAGUCUGUUGGGGUUUUUUUGAAUCAAAAAUAGGUGUUGACUUUCACCUAAUGCUUCUUCUGCAUCUGUUGAUUAUUUGCUCUUUUAAGCCAUGUGGUGAAGAACAUCAAUAAAGGUUUUUAUUUUCAUCUCA